UACGCUUGGAGGUUCUUGCUUCCCAAAGGGAUCAGGCAGCUCGCGAUCUUCUUUACGGGUGUCGACGAUGAAGAUGACGAUGACGACGAGAAUGAACGGUCCGAGAGAGCCGAGCUAGAUAUAUGGCACAACUUGGAAGCGUCGUUUGAGGUCAUAGCUAGGUACAGCACGGACGAAGACCUGGACGGACAAGUGGAGUGGUCGCACGGCAACUUUCAACUUCAGGAGUUUACAAGCGCUCAGCUGAGAGCUUCAAAGGACUUGACUUACAGCCAUCGUUUUGGUCUUCGCUACACGAAGAUGACAGAGCACAUCGUCGUGGGAUCUUGUUUACAAAAUGGAGCAGAAAUGCAACAGCUCAAACAAAUGGGUAUCACUGCAAUUCUCAACUUACAAUCCGAGAGCGAGCAACUCAACUGGGGCAUUGACAAGAGCUCUAUUACAGAAGCUGCUCAAGCAAACGGAAUGGUCCUGGCACAUUGUCCAAUCAGAGACGUCGACACCGUCGACCUGAGAAGAAAGCUCCCACUCGCAGUGGGAAUUCUGUACCGGCUUUUGAGAGCCGGACAUCACGUAUACGUUACAUGCACGAGCGGCAUGGAUAGAGCUCCCGCUUGUGUCAUUGCCUAUUUGCAUUGGAUACAAGACGUUCCGCUUCAGAGUGCCGUCGAUUUCGUCACGAACCUUCAUCUCUGUGGUCCAGACAGGCCAGCAUUGGUAUGGGCCACCUGGGAUUUGAUCGCCAUGGUGGAGAAACGAAACCACGAUGGACCUCCUACUCACGCUGUUCAGUUUGUGUGGAACCAUGGUUGCAAAGAGGGGGAAGAGGUUUUGAUCGUGGGGGAUUUUAAAGGUGGCGGAUGGAACGAGCCUAUAAAGGCUACGCACGCGAGUGGGCCAAAGUAUAUUGUUGAUCUUCGAGUCCCACAGGGGAAGUAUCAAUACAAGUUCAUCGUUGGCGGACAGUGGAGGCACUCCAACAGUCUCCCAACUGAGAUGGACAGAUGGGGAAACGUAAACAACGUCUUGUUUGUUGGUGGUCGAGCGUCAACGACACCCGAGGGUGUGAUCCAUUCGCCAAUGCCACAGGACCUCAUAACGGUUAAAGUGAUUGAGAGAUUGCUCACAGAAGAGGAGCGUUUCACUCUCGCAUUUGCCGCGCGGCGGCUUGCAUUUUCAGUGUGCCCGUCCAAAUUUGCUCCCAAGAGCAAAGGACAAAUCUGAAAGAAACAAGUAGCCAUCGCAAGUUGGACGGACUGGCAUCGAGGUGUUGUAAAAUGCGCUAAUAUGAGUAAGAUUUAAAUAAGAUUUCUUUAAAAAAAUUCAUUUAUAGCUAAAAAUAUUAAAAUAAUUUACUAUUGAAAAAGCAAUAUUUGAUUUUUCAUGUUGUUAAUUUUUUCUAAAGUAUUAUUAAGACAAUAAUAAAUAUUAUUUAAUAUUUA